UGAUGACAUGACACUGACACAUGUAUUUUGAUUUGUGCCGAUUUUUUUGCUUUUGGAAGUGCUGAGUGGUGAAACAUUUCCAAAAUUUUAAUUUUUAUAAUCAAACGUAAAAAUACAAAUUUCUAGUGGACUAAAAUGUCCGACAUAGCCAACCUUAAAGAUGCUUUCACUUGCAUUUCUUGUCGAGUGGCGUUUAAAGAUGCACAAUUACAAAGAUCGCACUACAAAACAGAUUGGCACAGGUAUAAUUUAAAAAGAAAAGUGGCCGACUUGCCCCCAGUAACAUCAGAAGAGUUCCAAUUAAGAGUCCUCAAUCAACGCAAUGCUGAUGAAAUGGAGAAGCAAGAUAAAAGCGUAUACUGCUCUGCUUGUUGCAAGAUGUUUUCCAAUCAAAAUGCCUAUGAUAACCAUUUGAAUUCCAAGAAGCAUAAAGAAAAUGAGAAAAACAAGAUAGAGGAAGAUACUCUUUCAGACAAAAGUCCAAAAAUUAUUGAAGAAGAUGAGUCAGUCUCUGAUGUAGAAGAAGUUGAUUCAGAUGAAUGGGAUGAAAUGUCUGAAAAUCCAAUUGAUAAUAAUAACUGUUUAUUUUGUUCACACCACAGUGGUAAUUUCUAUAAAAAUUUGGAGCACAUGACUAUCUCUCAUUCUUUCUUUAUACCCGAUAUUGAGUACUGUACAGACGUGGAAGGCUUGUUAAGAUAUUUAGGAGAAAAAGUUUCAGAGGGUUUCAUGUGCCUUUGGUGCAACGAAAAGGGAAAAACGUUUCACACUGCAGAAUCAGCUAAACAGCAUAUGGUGGACAGGGGUCAUUGCAGAAUGAUUCAUGAAGGUAUAGCAUUAGCAGAAUAUGCAGAUUUUUAUGAUUACUCCACUUCCUAUCCAGAUGCUGAAAAAGACAAUGUCGAUGUUGAUGAAGAAGUUCCUUCUGCUGAGUUAGAUGGUUCAGAUUACCAGUUAGUUUUACCUUCUGGUGCUGUAGUCGGCCAUCGUAGUCUUAUGAAGUACUACAAGCAAAGCUUAAAUCCUAAUAAGGCCGUAGCAAUUCCAUCUAAGAAUAAUAAGAAGUUGCACAAAGUUUUGGCGCAUUAUAGAGCCCUGGGUUGGACUGAGACACAACAAGUAGCAGCUGCAAGGAAAGCAAGGGAUUUGCACUUCUUGAAGAGGAUGCACUACAACACAAAAAUGGGAAUGAAAAAUAACACCAUACUUCAGAAGCAUUUUAGAAGACAAG